AUGGCUAGCUCAGUUCUGAAAUUGCGCGCUCUGGGAGCGGCGCGCCAAGCUCGCCUUUUCUGCACGACAAUGCAGCGCCGCAAUGCCGCCGAGGUGAAGACCCUGGGCGUUAUUGGUGCUGGUCAAAUGGGUCUCGGCAUUGCAUUGGUUGCCGCCAAGGAAGCCCGAGUGCCCGUUGCGUUGAUUGAUAGCUCCGACAAGGCGUUGAGCAAGGGACUCGCUUUUGCCGAUAAACUUCUCGCAAAGGAUGUGUCCAAGUCUCGCAUCACUCAGGACCAGGCCGACCAGGCACGAUCCCUCUUGAAAGCGAGCACCAACAUGGAGGACCUUUGCAGCGUCGACUUUGUCAUCGAAGCCGUUCCGGAAAUCCCCUCGUUGAAAUUCGACAUUUUCCGCAAUCUCGCCAAAAUCUGCCCGAAGCAUGCCAUUCUUGCUACCAACACGUCAUCCAUCUCCAUCACCAAGAUCGCGGCGGCUACAACGUCCGACCCGACAGACACGUCGACCUCGUCACGGGUGAUUUCAACUCACUUCAUGAACCCCGUUCCCGUGCAAAAGGGCGUAGAAAUCAUCAGCGGGCUUCAGACGAGCAAACAGACGCUCGAGACGGCCGUGGAGUUUUGCACAAAGCUCGGCAAAAUCGCCUCGGUCUCGGCAGACGCGCCGGGCUUCCUGGCAAACCGUAUCCUGAUGCCCUACAUCAACGAAGCAGUCAUUUGUCUGGAGACCGGUGUUGGCGAUCGCGACUCAAUCGAUGCCAUCAUGAAGAAUGGCACCAAUGUCCCCAUGGGUCCCCUCCAACUGGCCGACUUUAUCGGCCUGGAUACGUGCCUUGCCAUCAUGAAAGUGUUGCACCAGGAAACCGGCGACUCCAAGUACCGCCCCAGCGUUCUACUAGGCAAGAUGGUAGACGCUGGCUGGCUUGGUAAGAAGGCCAACAAGGGAUUCUACGAUUACUAG